AUUUUAGUACAUCUCUAACUAUCCGUUUCUAUUUCCUGUUUCUUUUUUACGCCAGGCACCUUGCAGGGCAGCUCGGGGUCCUUCGCAGGACCUUAGAGUCAUACGGAAGUCUGUUGUUCCCUCCAUGUCUGUUUGCGUUGGUGAGAAAAGACAUCUGUGUAGAACACCUGAGCAACAGGAGUGGAACUCCAGGAUGGAGCAGGAGGAGCCACAGGCCCCCCACAUUAAAGAGGAAGAGGCGGAGCCACAGUACCGCCUCAUUAAAGAGGAAGAAGAGGAGCCACAGCCCCCUCGUGUGAAAGACGAAGAAGAGGAACACAGCAUCAGUCUUGAAGGACCGGAGGAGUUCUCGGUGAUGAAGUCAGGAGAUGAUGAAGGUGAAAGUGAGGAAAAGGGAAAGGCGGAGCCUCGGAGCAACAGCUCGACUCAACACACGACAACAGAAGUUGAUGGACACCGCGGAGGACCAGAGGCACUCUUAGCUCCUCUAUCAGACACCGAGGACACGGCGUCACAGUCUCCCGAAACGGAUGAUGACGACUCUGAAGUCGACGCGACACGUCACGCUGACAACACACAAUGGAAAUGCUCUCAAUGUCACAAAACCUAUGCCAGCAAGAGCAGUCUGAGAAAACACACGAGACUUCACACAGGAGAGAAACCGUUCACCUGCUCAGUUUGUGGUAAACGCUUCGCUGACCAAUCGAAUUUGAAAGCACACACGAUAAUUCAUAGUGGAGAGAAACCUUUUCCUUGCACAGUGUGCGGUAAACAUUUCUCUCGGAAGAUAUCUUUAAUAGCACACACAAGAAUACACACCGGAGAGAAACCUUUUUCCUGCACAUUUUGCGGUAAAAGCUUCACUCACAAGUCAACUUUGACAGUACACAAAAGAAUACACACUGGCAAUAAAAAUUUUUCUUGCACAGUAUGUGAGAAAAGGUUCUCUCGAAAGAUAUCUUUGACAGAACACGCUAAAACACACACACAUACAAGGGAGAAACCUUUUCUUUGCACAGUGUGCGGCACAAGAUUCUCUAAGCGGACUAAUUUGAAACAACACACUCGAAUACACACCGGGGAGAAGCGUUUUUCGUGCACGGUGUGUGGUAAGAGGUGCUCUCGGCGGUCACAUUUGGAAGAGCACACCAGACUCCACAGUGGCGAGAAACCUUUUACUUGCACCGUGUGCGGUAAAUGUUUCUAUAAAAAAGAUGAUUUAAAGAGACACACAAGGAUACACACUGGGGAGAAACCAUUCCCUUGCACGGCUUGCGGAAAGAGGUUUUCUCGGCCGUCACUAGUGAAAGUACACGCACGAAUACACACCGGGGAGAAACCUUUUUCCUGCGCAAUUUGCGGUAGAGGUUUUUCUCAAAAGCAUUAUUUGAUAGGGCACACAAGAACACACACUUGAGGCAAAAAAAAAAUCUCGUUCAAAGUGUGGUCAGCGACUCACAAAGAGUACAAACUCUGGAACACAUAAGACUUCUUGAAAGGACGCACCCAGCUGGAUUUUCCAAGAACACAAUCAUGACCUCUGAUGUUGCUAAAUGAUGCAAUGUAUGAUGCAAUAUUUGCUUGUUUGUUUCAUCUUUCAUUGUAUUGGGAGCACAUAACGGAUCAAUGAGGCAUGUUUUUGCAUAAUUCCGAUAAAAAGAAAAACACACACACAAAACACGAAAAAUGUCUGACUAUUAUUGAUAAAUUUAAA